GUAUAAGGGCACGGGGUGACCAACAAGGUGUGAAGUGGUCUGUAACAAGGUAGGGCACUGAUAAAGGGUUGACAGUUACGCAUUAAAAGUUAAACGCCCAUUGAUGUUGCUACUCUAACUUGGGCUAAAGGUGCCGCGAGUGACGUUACCGCGUGGCAUCUCAUUAACAAUUUAUAGAUUUUACAACCCGCAAUUAUACAAUACGAAGCAUUUCGUUAUUUUAAAAAAAACGUGGUAAUUAUGCCGGUAACAGAACGGUUAUGUUAAGGCAGCAAAGCUAUAAAGACGUCACCCCGAGUGUAUUAAUAUUCAAGCUACGCCGACUUAACCGCGUACAGGACGAUCGCUCUAGUCGAGUAGCAAGGCCCGUUGCAUUCGCUAGAGCGGAUGCGCAACGAAGCGACCCCAUUGGUUGGCUUGUCAGAGCGGUCCAAUGAAGGCGGAAGUCGCCGCGACCCGAGAGCCAAUGGGCGAUCACGAAGGAAGGCGCGCUCGUUUAUCCGUAGUGGGAAAUACAACGCGGGGCCGAGUAGGCCGCGAGGAACCGACGGCAGAAACGUGAAGAGCAGCAGCAGCAGGAGAGAGGAGCAGCAGCAGGAGGAGGGGAGCAGCAGGAGGGGAGCAGCAGCAGGAGGGGAGCCGCAGGAGGGGGCAGCAGCAGGAGGCAGCAGCAGCAGGAGAGCAGCAGCAGGAGGAGGGGAGCAGCAGCAGGAGGGGAGCAGCAGGAGGCAGCAGCAGGAGAGAGGAGCAGCAGCAGGAGGGGAGCAGCAGCAGGAGGAGGGGAGCAGCAGCAGGAGGCAGCAGCAGGAGAGAGGAGCAGCAGUAGGAGGCAGCAGCAGGAGGGCAGCAGCAGCAGGAAAGAGGAGCAGCAGCAGGAAAGAGGAGCAGCAGGAGGAGAGGGGAGCAGCAGCAGGAGGGCAGCAGCAGCAGGAGGGCAGCAGCAGGGGAGAGGAGCAGCAGGAGGGGAGCAGCAGCAGCAGCAGGAGGAAGCAGCAGCAGAGAGGGAAGCAGCAGCAGCAGGGGAGAGGAGCAACAGGAGGGGAGCAGCAGCAGCAGGAAAGAGGAGCAGCAGGAGGAGAGAGGAGCAGCAGCAGGCAGCAGCAGGAGGGGAGCAGCAUCAGGAGGGGAUAGAGUAGCAGGGGAGCAGCAGGAGAGAGCAGCAGCAGGAGGAGAGAGGAGCAGCAGGAGGGGAGCAGCAGGAGGAGAGAGGAGAAGCAGCAGCAGGAGAGGAGCAGCAGGGGAGAGGGGAGCAGCAGCAGCAGAGAGGGGGAGCAGGAGGCAGCAGCAGGAGAGGAGCAGCAGCAGCAGGAGGCAGCAGCAGCAGUAGGAGCAGCAGCUAGAAGGAAGUUGAAGAAGCAUCUGUAAGGCGUCGUCCUCCUCCUCGUCAUCGUCAUCAGGAAGGAGGCAAUGGGCGAUCAGCUGGGCAUCCCCGGCGGACUUGACGCCUUCUCCCAGGCCAUCGCAUCCGUGCACCAGCUGCGCUCCAGCGUGAGCCGUCUCUUCAGCAGCCUCAAGGACGGCAUGAGGAGCAGGGAGACGCUGGAGGAACGCGAGAAGGAGUUCGCCCUCGAGUUCCAGGAGAACCUCAACGGGGUCAACAGAGACCUCAAUGACCUGGACCGUCUGUGCAACCUCGUCGGCCGUCCGUCGGAGAGCCACCCCCUGCACAACAGUGGCCUCCUCAGCCUUGAUCCCGUGCAGGACAAGACUCCGAUCUACAGCCAACUUCUGCAGGCUCACAAGUGGUCGAACAAGCUCCAGUGGCACGCGAACCUGGCGUGCAGUCUGCUCAACCAGCAGUCACUCAAGCGCUCCUCGGCGCAGAUCAUCGUCACGGCCAAGCGGCGCAUGAAGGUGCAGCCGACCAGCCUCACCAUGCCCACCCAGUACGUGGACGAGGUGAUCACACGCAUGGAUCGUCUGUUCGGCGACAUGUCAUUCACGCUGUCGAGGCCCAGCGGAACAUCGGCCAUCGUUGUGAUCUCCCUGGGGAAGGUGCUUCGAGCGCUGGUGGUGAUGCGCAGCCUCAUCCUGGAGCGUGUCGUUGUCAAGGCUCUUCACGAGAACAUUCAAACCGAAGAUGGCAAGUUGGAUUUGUGGUCCAAAUCGCGUUACCUGGUAUUUCAAAAGGUGACUGAUCAUGCCACAGCUGCCUCUCUGCACUAUCAGCUCCCACAUUUGCCAGAAGUAGUCAUCCGCUCUUUCAUGAUGUGGAUGCACAGCUACAUUUCUUUGUUCCAAAGCACGUGUCAACGCUGCGGCAAGCAGCUGCAGGAUGGGCUUCCGCCAACGUGGAGAGAUUUCCGCACCCUCGAGGCUUUCCACGACACCUGCCGCCAGUAGCACACACCUGAGCGUCUGGGAGGACCGUGGGGUAGAAUGU